GAUCAGCGAGCUUCUUUCUCCGGAGCCCAUCAAUGGCUAGCACCUCUUAUCAUGCAUACUCUAGCCAGGGCUCUUCUCAUAGGUCGUUGGCCAUGGUGUUGGCUCUUGCAUCAGCCGUGGUUUUGUCUCCAUUGUACAACGUGAAGCCAAAGAGUGAUGGAAGGUUCUACGAAUCAAGAUGGAGCUCUGGUUUUGUUCUGCCUAUGGUUCUUGCUGGACUCAUCAUCGCUAUUAGAACCAGCUCUUCUUCUUCAUCUUCUCUGCUUCCAUCUCCAGAACCAUCUUGGGUCCUCAGAAUCGGAACCUCUUCUUGGGGGCUUGCUGGGGUUUUGGUUAUGCUCAUCCUCGUUCUUUACUGGCAAGCCUCAGUCCAGGAGUUCUUCUGGAGAUAGACAUCAGAGUCGGAGAUGAACAUUGCUAGUAUUGGAAUUCGUCUCUGAAGUUGAACGAUCUGAGUUUGAGAAUUAACCAGAGAGAUCUAUGUAUGGCUCUGCCUUCUCUUCUUUUUGUUCACUUCUUGUGCUGGCUAGUAAGUUUUUAGUUGUGAUUUAUUGUAAGUUUUAUGUAAUAAUAUGAGAGACUAGAAGGUAUAUAUAUUUAGCAAUUGAAGCUCUCGUUCUGUUUCAAGUUCCAACAGCAGAAUAUAAACUAAUCUGCUAAGGUCUGAUAUGUAUAUAACGUGAAUGUGUCAUUGCUGCUCCCCAAAAUUUUAGAUUUAAGUUCAUAUAUAAAUGAACUUUGAGCUUAGUAAU